CAUUAGCGCCCCGCACGGGGGAGGGAGGCGGGACACCAAAGCAGGAAUGCACCACUGCGGCGCAGGAGGGGCGUGGUUACCAUGGCGACAGGGCAGGGACGCCGAGGCCUAGCUGAGGUCCCGGGGCCCGCGUUUCUGCUCCGCGGCUGCUGCUGAUUGCUCCGAUCCUCCCGGUUCCCCCCGGUUCCCCAGCACUCCUGGAGACCGCCGGGCCCGGCGGGUACCGCGCCGGUCCGUUUCCAGCAGCCUGUCCCGGUAGGGCGUUCCCUCCACCCAAGGCUUGGUGGCCCAUCGCUCCCCGGCCUGGUGGCCCCGUUGUUUCCGGGCCGUGUCCCGCACCAUGGCGCACCUCCUGGGCCACCGCGGCUGCAUGGAGAGCCUGCGGGCCGACCUGCGGGACCUGCAGGCCGCCAUCGCCGACGUGUGCUCCCGGGCCGGCGCCGUGCGCUUCCCCUCCUGGAAGUUCCCCGACAAGGUGUCCUGCGAGCUGGACAUAGCGGUGCUGCUGCAGCGCUACCGGCACAGCGACAGCGAGCCCGAGUUCAGCCAGCACGCACACGUGGUGCUGCUGGAGCUGCUGAUAGACAGGUGAGAGCCCCCGGCAGCUGGAGCGGCUCCUGCCCCGCGGGAAGGGCAGCGGUGUGUCUGACAGUGCUGAGUUAUCCAAGUCCUGGCGAAGGUCUCGGGCACUCAGCACAGAGAGAACUCAAAGCUGUUAGAGAGCAUCCAAAUGAGGGCUGAGAGGGGUGGUAGGGCUGAGGGUGAGAGCACCUGGUCUGUUCAGCUGGAACAGAGAAGACUGAGGUCAGAUCUCAGCGGGGCUGCAGCUCCUCCCAGGGUACAGCUCUGAUCUCUGUGACCAGGGAUGGGAUUCAAAGAAAGGCUGGAGUUGUGCCAGGGAGGUUUAGCCUGGAUAUCCGGAAAAGGUUCUUCCCCCAGAGGGUGCUCAGGCACUGAAGAGGUUCCCCAGGGAAUGAUCACAAAUCAGCUGGGUUGGAAAAGACCUUGGAGAUCAUCAGGUGCAUCCUAUGAUAUAACAGCACCUUAUCAAUUAACCCAUGGCACCAAGUGGCACAUCACGGCCCUGAGGCUGCCAGACAAUGCUGGACAAUGCUCUCAGGCACAGGGCAGGAUUGUUGGGGGUCUGUGCAGGGCCAGGAGUUGGACUGGAUGAUCCCUGGGUCCCUUCCAGCUCAGGAUAUCCCCUGGUUUUAUGAAGUCUUUUGGAUGCUUUGUUCCCCAUGUACUUCCAUGACG